AGUGCAUACGGAGUUGGAAGGAGGCUAUCGGAGACUCACCGUGGUCGUCUCCCGAAUUCGUCCACAUUAAUAUUGCUAUUGCUAGGCUUUUUAAUUGCUUAAUGGUUUCCAUGCAUGAACAAAAGGGGAAGCAUUGGGAUUUCAUUUUUGGACUUGUUGAAGAUUGGGAAAAGGCGUUAAGGCUUUCUGAAGAAUUGGAGCUUUCUGGAACUUCGGAUGAACCGAUAGUGGAACUUGACCGUGGGCUGCGAUCCCUGAUUAUCGAAGCGAAUAACGGGGACUACUUGGAUGAUGCGCACUCUGCUAGUCCCGACAGUCCCGCGACUCACAAGGCAUUUGGAUAUUUGCUCGCGUGGAUGCUCAUAUUUGAUCAUUUCGAAAACACGACGUUCAAAUUCAAAUCGCAAUUUGUUCAACACCUGAAGGAACUGGACAUUACAUCAAGAUUACAUGAUUAUAUAUUUGAAACUUUGGGACUUGGGACAUCGGAUGUGUAUGAUCUAUCGAAAUGGGAUAUACGAGAAUUUUACGUUGAAGGUCAUGGUGGUCUGAAUGUAAAAAACGCCAGCUCAGCAUUAGCGUUGACAGGUGAAUGUUACACGGAGAAACAUUUCAGUCCCGUGAUAAUUCAACAGCAACUGGACAUGCUUCAGAGUGAGGAUGUCAAGUCCCAAUUGGAAGAUGAAAAGUUCUCAAUCCGAGUCGCUCGUAGUUCCAAUGAAGUGAUUGCCUCGUACAAUGUUGACGAGUACGUGAUGGAGAUCAGUAUUCGUAUGCCAAACAAUUUCCCAUUACGUCAAGCCGAGUUCGGAACCCUUGAGAGAAUGGGAACAACGAAUGUUACGGAUCUUAAAUGGGCGAAACUUCCUGUGCAGACAGUGGUCAAUUCACAGAACGGUAAUUUGGAUAUGGCGUUAAAUUUAUUCAAGAAUAAUAUCAAGCUUCGCUUUCAGGGAGUCGAGGAUUGCACGAUAUGCUAUUCAGUUGUCAGCCUCGAUGAUCGUUCUUUGCCUUCGAAACAUUGUAACACAUGUAAAAACCGAUUCCACGCGUCAUGCCUUUAUAAGGGAAGGUCGAGAUUCGCAAGGUUGGGAUUAUCGGUUCACAUCACAGCUUCGUUCAUAAAUCCGGGUAUACAAAAUCGGACGGUGCUAGAAAUCUUUAAUGCAUCGAGCCUCACGUUGGCUCUCUAUCCUGGUACCAAAGUAUGUCAAAUGAUCUUUAUGAAAAUGGAAGGUAAGGCCGCUUACAGCGGGAUAUUUCAAGGACAAGAUUUGUAG